AUUAAGCUGAAAUAAUUAGCGUUCGGAUUUACCCCGGCUGACCCUAAAACUCAAUAUAUUCUUUUUUUGUUUGGUUUUUUAUUUAAAUUACCUGAGUGACGUUAUCGACAAAACGAUUAAAAUAUACCAAUGCACAAGUACACACUUAUAAUAAUAACGUCAGUACCUGAUAAUUCUUUCUUUCAGGAAAUAAUUUGUUAGCUUAAAAUAAGUCACAUUUUUUAGUUAACUUAUAGCUUUGAUUAUUAUUCAAAAAUGGAAGGGGAAGAGAUACUGCUAACAGUUUUCAUGAGUGACAAACAUAUUUUCAUCUUCAUUCUCAGUGUCUUUAUAAGUUUGGACCAGUUAACACAUUGCUUUCCAGCACUGUAGUAAUUAUUUUGUAAAAUUUUAUUUAUAAUUUCUAAAUUAAAAAUGAAAUAAAGAUAGUGUUAAAAUUAAAGGUAUAUAGUAAAAUACAAAUUUUAGUAAAGUUAAAGUGCUUUAUUAAAGUUAUGAUGCAGUGAGUGUAAAAAGAAAUAUUCGAUAUUUUUUACUACUAAACGUAAAGGUAAAAGCUUCAUCAGCUCAAUGAACUAUUUACAAUAUGGAUGGAAGAAAAGAGAAUGUGAAACCAAAUCCUAGGGAAAAAGCAUCAUGGCUAUCAAUUUUAUUAUGGUGGUGGACAGUACGUUUUUUUAAAAUAGGUUACACAAAAGAAUUAGGAACCGAAGAUUUAUUCGAUCCACUAAAAACAGACAAAUCAUCCCUUCUUGGGGACAGACUAGAAAAUCAAUGGAAAAUAGAAGUAGAAAAUGCGAAAAAACAUAAGAAGAAAGUUAGUUUAUUGAAAACACUUUUUCGAACAUUUUUGUGGGAAUAUUCUGUUAUUGGUAUACUUCACAUAUUUAAUGAAUUUAUCUUAAGAAUGGGAACUCCACUACUUUUAGGUGGUUUUCUACAGUAUUUUAAACCAAAUACAGAUGUUUCGUACCAAACAGCACUUAUGUUUGCUGGAGGAAUUUGUCUUGGGUCUGCUAUAAAUGCGAUUACCUUGCAUCAAUGGAUAAAUAGUGCUGUUCAUAUUGGAGGUAAAGCACGGAUAGCUGUUGGUUCACUUGUUUACAGGAAGGCGUUGAAACUUAGUAAAACUGCUCUGGGAGAAACGGCCCCAGGGAAAAUAGUAAAUUUAGUCGCAAGCGAUGUCAACAGAUUUGAUCGCGUUUUUGUUUUAAUCCAUUAUAUGUGGACAGCGCCUCUUUCAGCUUUGAUUAUUGGAUAUUUUUUAUACAAUCAAGCUGGAUAUGCUGGACUUAUUGGAAUUGCUGUUGUUUUUGUCGUCGUGCCAAUACAAUCAUAUACCGGCAAGUUGUCAUCAAUUUAUAGACUGCAGACUGCAAUCAAAACAGACGAAAGAGUGCGACUUAUGGAUGAAAUAAUCUCAGGAGUUCAAGUGAUAAAAAUGUACGCAUGGGAAAAGCCAUUUUGCGCUUUGGUGGAAAUUGCUCGCAAAUUGGAACUGAAAAUUGUCACAAAAAGCUCCUGGAUUCGGGCAAUUUUCAUGACAUUUAAUAUCUUCACAACUAGAGUGGCUUUAUUUGCAACUUUAUUGGCAAUGCUAUUAUAUAAAGAACAAUUAACGGCUGACAAAGUUUUUGUUUUUUCAUCAUAUUUUGCUGUUCUGGCACACACAAUGACUAGUAUGUUUGUACAAGGUUACGCGGAAAUUGCAGAAUGCCUAGUGGCUGUUCGAAGAUUGCAACAUUUUAUGAUGUACGACGAAUAUCAAGAACUUAAUCCUCAUUUGCAUCAGUCAUAUAUAACUAAUGGAAAAACUAAGAAAACUGAUAAGAGAAAUUCAAUUAAACCUGAUCUCCCUUCCAUUGAUGAAAAUCUUAACGAAGAAUUAAAAAUAAGACGAAAUGACGUGAUGGAUGAAUCUCCAGAGAUAUGGGUAAUAAAGCUGGAUAAUGUGACAGCAAAAUGGGAGCCCGGCCAAUCGGAGAACACCUUGGAAAAGAUUAAUCUGGAAAUUGAGGCCGGAAAAUUGUACAUGGUAAUUGGAAUGGUUGGAGCUGGCAAGAGUUCAUUGCUGUCUGCAAUUUUAAAAGAAAUCGCACUUACAGAGGGAAGUAUUAGAGUCAAGGGCGGUUUGAGUUAUGCAGGUCAGGAAUCCUGGGUUUUCGGAUCAUCCGUCAGACAGAAUAUUCUCUUCGGCCAAGCCUACGACAGACAAAGGUACCAGAGAGUCGUCAAAGCGUGCGCUCUCCUCAGAGACUUCAAACAGUUUCCUCAAGGAGACCAGACCGUUGUUGGCGACAGGGGAAGUUCCUUGUCGGGAGGGCAAAAGGCCAGAAUCAACUUGGCGAGGGCUGUCUACAGGCAGGCCGACAUUUACCUCUUCGACGAUCCUCUCAGUGCGGUGGACGCUCACGUGGGGAAGCAUUUAUUUGAAGAGUGUAUGAAACACUAUUUGUCCGGUAAGACUCGAAUUCUCGCAACGCAUCAGCUUCAGUAUAUUAAAGGAGUCGAUGCAAUUAUUCUUCUCGAUCAAGGAAAGAUGCAAAUUUACAAGAAUUAUCAGCAGCUUCUGCAAAGUCAUCCUGAAUAUAUGCCUCUCAUAGCGGCGGAAAGUAAACCUGAUAAUAAGGAAGAUUCAUCCAUAGAAAAAUAUACAAUGCGAAGACAAUUUUCUAUUUCGAGUAAUAGAAGUAAAACAUCAGAAAGUGCUGGUGAUGCGGAUAUUGAAGAAGAAGAGCAAGAUCUUAAAAAUAUGGACGCAUUGGUAGAAGGAACUUCAAAGGGAAGUGUAAAGGGGUCUAUUUUUCUCAAUUAUUUCAGAGCUGGAGCUAAUUUAUUUUUUAGUUUCAUUGUGCUUAUUUUAUUUAUCUUGACUCAAGUUGCUGCCACUUUAAAUGACCUUUAUGUCCCUCUUCUUGUGACAGCAGAAGAAGCAAAACUAUAUGAAGCUGCAAACAUAACACGAAAUAAUACAAACAAAGGACUUUUUAAAGUUCAACCAUGGUCACAGGAAAUUUACAUUUACAUAUAUAUUGGAAUAGUAACAUCAAUAUUUUUUCUCGCCAUUACGAGAUCUUUUGCAUUUUACGCUUUAUGUAUGAGAGCGAGUCAACGUUUACACGACAUGGUAUUUAGUGCGCUGAUUAGAACGGGAAUGCGAUUUUUUGAUACAAAUCCAAGUGGUCGAAUUCUUAAUAGAUUUUCAAAAGACAUGGGAGGAAUAGAUGAAUUAUUGCCCAAAGCUGUCUUGGAUGCUGGACAAGUAAUCAUGAUGAUGAUAGGAUUUUUGAUUAUCACUUGUACCGUCAACUAUUACUAUAUCAUUCCAAUUGUUUUCCUUGGUACCGUAUUUUAUUGGGAUCGAAAAAUUUAUAUCAAGACAAGCAAAAGUAUUAAGCGCCUAGAGGGAAUCACACGUUCACCGGUAUUUACUCAUCUCAAUGCAACCCUCAAUGGACUGACGACAAUCCGAGCAUUUGGAGCUCAAGAAAUUCUCAAACAUGAAUUCGACAAAUUUCAAGAUUUGCAUACCUCUUCGUGGUUUAUGUUCAUCGUGACAAGUUCGGCUUUUGGAUUUUCAUUGGAUAUUUUUACUUUUAUUUUUACGACACUGGUGACGUUUAGUUUUCUCAUUGGCAGUGAUUCCUCUUCAGAAAAUGGAGGAAAAGUGGGUUUGGCUAUUACACAAGUUAUGUCGAUGACGAGAUUGAUGCAAUGGGGAAUGCGUCAGAGUGCAGAAGUGGAAAAUCAAUUAAUGUCGGUAGAAAGAGUUUUAGAAUAUGCUGAACUUCCACCAGAACCUAAUUUACGGGACAAGGGAGUAAUGUUUAAGAAGAAGCAAAGAAGGAUUGAGUCUUUUGUUACACCUCCGAAAAAUUGGCCAACUCAGGGUUCCAUUAGAUUCCGGAAUAUGUACUUGAGAUAUUCUAAUGACGAUCCUCCUGUUUUGAAGGACCUCAAUAUCGUCAUUUAUCCAACUGAGAAGGUAGGAGUGGUUGGGAGAACCGGUGCUGGAAAAUCGUCUUUAAUCGCGGCUCUCUUUCGUCUCGCCAAAAUCGAUGGAGUCAUUGAAAUCGACAAUAUAGACACGGGAACCGUCUGUCUGGAAGAUCUUCGACGUCAAAUUUCCAUCAUUCCACAGGAUCCUGUUCUAUUCUCUGGAACAAUCAGAAGAAAUCUGGAUCCCUUUAACGAAUUUCCCGACAGACUACUGUGGGAGGUUCUCGAAGAGGUGGAACUGAAAGAAGCGAUUGCAGCCGUCAAUGGAUUGGACAGUCGAGUGUCCGACAGAGGAAGUAAUUUCAGUGUUGGACAACGCCAGUUGAUUUGCCUCGCGAGAGCGAUUUUGAGGAACAAUCGGAUUCUAAUGUUGGACGAAGCCACAGCAAAUGUGGAUCCACAAACGGAUGCUCUGAUUCAAAGAACUAUAAGAACUAAAUUCGCUGCUUGCACUGUUCUCACUGUUGCUCAUCGAUUGAAUACAAUUAUGGACAGUGACAAAGUUUUAGUUAUGGACAAAGGAAAAAUGGUGGAAUUCGACUAUCCACACAUUCUUCUUCAAAACCAAAAUGGUGAAUUUACUUCCUUAGUUAGAGAAACAGGACAAGCUAUGUUUGAGCAAUUGUCAAAAGUUGCUGAACGAGUAUACUUAGCAAAACGCGAGGACAAACCGUCAGAUUUUAUUUAGUACUACUGCCGUUUAAUUGUACUUGUUAAUUAGUUAGUAAUAAUAAAAAUAAUUUGUUUUUCAUGAAAG